GAUCAUCAUCUUCUUCUUUAUAGAUAAGGACCAGAGAAGAGAUAUAACUAUUGAUCAAAAAGAAAAAGAAGAGAUAUAACUGAAUAUUAGUCAAAGAUCAUGUCUCACAUCGCUGUUGAGAGGAAUCGAAGAAGGCAAAUGAACGAGCAUCUUAAAUCCCUUCGUUCUUUGACUCCUUGUUUCUAUAUCAAAAGGGGAGAUCAAGCUUCGAUAAUCGGAGGAGUGAUAGAGUUCAUCAAAGAGAUGCAGCAAUUGGUACAGGUUCUCGAGUCCAAGAAACGCCGAAAGACACUAAACCAGCCUUCUUUUCUGCAUGAUCACCAAACACUCGAGCCAUCCAUAUUAGCCGCAAACACCACCACCAACGCAACCACCAGAGUGCCAUUUAGUCGGAUUGAAAAUGUAAUGUCCACAAGCACUUUCAAAGAAGUAGGAGCAUGUUGCAACUCCCCUCAUGCUGACGUCGAAGCCAAGAUCUCAGGCUCUAAUGUUGUAUUGAGAGUUGUCUCUAGGCGAAUCGAAGGCCAGCUUGUAAGGAUCAUAUCCGCCUUGGAAAAGCUAUCUUUUCAGGUUCUUCAUCUCAAUAUUAGUAGCAUGGAGGAGACUGUCUUGUACUUCUUCGUUGUUAAGAUAGGACUGGAGUGUCGCAUAAGCUUAGAGGAGCUAACCGUUGAAGUUCAGAGAAGCUUUGUGCCUGAAGUCAUCGUCUCUACCAACUAAAGUCAAAAAGUAUACAUGUACUAGCAAGUGUGUAUCGUUAAUUUGCUACAUGAGCAUGCUUGACACACUUUGCUAGAAAUAAGCUCAUGUAAACAUAAUAAUUGUUUUAACUUUGAAUCGACCUUAUUACCUAUGUUUUGGUUACUUGUUGUACCUUUGAAUUAGCUAUGUUUUAACUUGUAUCGACCUUAA